UGAGACUGAUUUUGUUGAAAUGGUGGAAGAACUUAACAAUGCAGAUAGUCCAGUAAAAUUUACCUAUUGCAUUAAUCCAUCUAAAAUCAAUUUCUUGGAUGUGGAAAUCAUGAUUAACGAUAGUAAACUUGAUUAUACUCUCUUUAGGAAACCUACCGAUAAGAAUGUCCUUUUGGACUAUAGCAGUUGUCACCCCAGUCCUAUGAAGAGAUCUCUUCCUAUCUCACAAUUUUGUAGAGUGUUACGCAAUAAUUCUGACCCCUCAGUCUGCAUGCAACAAAUAUCGGACAUGUGGACACGCUUUAAAGAAAGGGGCUACCCUGAUAGACUUUUAUCACAAUCCUUGGAGAUAGCGAAAAAACGCUGCAGUGAGAGCACUACACCUGACAGAGGACAAACAGGAAUAGUUUUCAGUACAAAAUUCAAUGCGUGCACAAAAAACUUAGGGCAGCUUGUUAGGAAACAGUGGAACAUUGUACAGGCCGAUAAGGAUUUGGCCAGAGUACUUCCAGAGCCGCCUAAGAUAUGUUACAGACGAGGCACAAAUUUGCGUGACCUGCUGGUCAAAACGGAUCCUGUACAAUGUUACACUAAAGUUACACGGACUUGGUUGUCUGGCACUAAAUUAGGAUGUUUCCGCUGCCCUAACUGCACUUCAUGUAGGUACAUGACACCGGGCAACUCAUUCUUACACCCGCAAUCGGGUAAGCGAUUUUUGAUUAGACACCACAUUACCUGCAAUACGAGCCAUGUCAUAUACCUGAUCACAUGCCCCUGUGGCCUGCCCUAUGUUGGCAAGACAGAUCUUACCCUGAGACUGAGAAUGGAUGCCCAUCGCUCAGCAAUUAGCGUAGCAUUUAGGGAUGGUGUAUCUGUUAAACCAGUUGCCAAGCAUUUUCUUGAACAGGGACAUAGGUUACCCACUUUUAAAUAUAUUGCCAUAGAUCAUGUACCGCCCCUGAAACGGGGUGGUGAUAGAUCAAAAAUCCUACUCCAGCGAGAAGUUUUUUGGAUAAAAAACUAAAUACGAUGGCCCCUUUAGGGUUAAAUGAACAUUGUUCUUUUAUGUGCUUUUUGAAUCAAAGGUGAAGUAUUACUAUGUGCAUUAUAAUUCAGUUGAGGUAACACUAUAUAUUUUAUAGGCUGUCCCUUUUUUUAUGCUAUUUAUAGUUGUGUAUAUAUAACCUGACUUGUUGCUACAAUUUUUCUGCUUAUCAGUGGCCUUUUGAAACAUUGUUAUGUAUGUUUUUAAUCAUGUUUCUUUUUCUACUUCCUGUCUAUCUCUGGUCCAGGUGUUCUCCCUUUUUCGUUUUCACAUGUUUGGUCUAUUCAGGUGAUUGGGUUCUAUCACAUGAUUUGUCUCCAUACACGUGAUUGGCUGAUUCUGGCUUUCAGAAAAAGGAAUCAAGUGUAGGUAAGUAAAAUAAAUAUACUUUAAAAGCUGCACCAUUUUGUAUAAGUACUGGUAAAUUCAUUAUAGUAAAUAUAGUAUUUCAAUCUAUUUUGGUUUUAGGAGUUUAGUUCUCCUUUAACUCAAGCAUUCCCUGAAUCGGUAAAAUACUUUAUCACAUGCAAUGCCAUCUAGGCCAAUUUAAACUGGUUCCACUCGGUACAUGCUAUUAUCCUUAAUGUUUGACAGUAACACAUUUGAGUGGUGCAGAUAUUACCAAAUCAAAAACGGUGUGACGUCAUAUGCUGGCUUCCAGUCUUCAAUGAGACCUAUGAGGAACUUUUUAUAAGCCAUCAAGCAGGACAUUUUUGAAAUCAUUUCUAAUUUUAUCUUCCAAUGCAAAAUUAUUCUCCACUUACCAAUUACUACCUCCCACCUCAUAAUUACAGCACUGCCAAAUGCAGGAAGUGUUCUUUGUAAUGCAAUGUUAUUUGUAAAUUAACUAUCAUUUGUAAAUAAACCCAAACCCCAAGAUCUUUUCUAUCUGUAAUAUAAAUAGUUUAACACAGAAAGAAAAUGAUAAAUCUACAUUUUUUAGCUGAUAGUGAUGCAAAGUGAAAUCAUAUAUACAUAUUUUACGACCUCUAGUUCAGUGUUUAUUAAUCCAGUAUGCAACAAAAAAAUGCCUGAUUUUUUUUAGCAUCUUUAUUGUUCAAUAAAUAUUGGGCAUUGAUAAAUGGUCCCUGUGUUCUUGCUUAUUCUAUGAACUUUAAACAACAGACAUUUUAUUUAUUUAAAAUUAACUUCCUAUAAAUAAUACUGUAUCGUAAUUAAUGUAUAUGUUAGUUAUUGUUUAAAAGGUAUAAUUGUGCCAUAUUUUAACAUUUUACAAAUUUUUCAUCUACAGAAUUACACUGAAAAAUCAAGCACAUUAUAUUCCUCCUGCAUUUCCUUUUUGAAUUGGGCUAUCCAGAACUAAAAAAAGGUUUCUUAAGACAAUACAGAUGCUUUGUUAUUCUAUUGCAAAAAAAGGUUUAAGACAGUUGCUUUGUUAUUUAUUCUAUUGCAUGAGAAAAUGAUCGUGUUAGCACUGCAUAAAUGGUAUUCAUCCCAGGGUACUUAGCGAGCUUAGUUCUGUGAUUGUCAAACCUCUUUACUUAAUUUUUCAGGAU